AUGUCCGUUUCGACUCCCUCUAACAAGCGUAUCGAUGGCACGGCGCUGGCUGCCUCGAUCCGUGCGUCUGUGGCAGACAGUAUCGGCGCUAUUAAGCAAGCGCAACCUGGAUUCAAGCCUACGCUUUGCAUUAUUCAGGUGGGGGAGCAGAGUGCUUCGUCUACAUAUAUUCGCAUGAAGCGCCAGGCAGCGCAACAAUGUGGUAUUGAGACAAGGCAUAUUCAGCUUCCAACAGAUGCUGAUGAAGAGACGAUUCGUGCGCAAGUGCGUACUUUGAACAACGAUCCUACAGUCGAUGGUAUUCUUGUGCAGCUACCACUCGGUGACCAUAUUGAUUCCGAUGCUGAGCGUCGCAUCACCGAAGAGGUUGCCGCCAGCAAAGAUGUUGACGGCUUUCACACCUUGAACAUUGGUUUGCUCUCGUCCAAGGCAUGCAACCCCCAUUUCAAGCCAUGCACACCUGCGGGUGUAAUUCGCCUUCUUGAAUCGGUUGGCCUCUCUGACUUGUCAGGCCUGCAUGCCGUUGUGAUGGGGCGUAGCGACAUCGUCGGUAACCCAGUCGCUACUAUGCUGCGUGCAGCUAACUGCACCGUUACCCAGGUUCACAGCCGCUCCAAGGAUGUUCAGAAUAUUCUUUCGCAUGCAGAUAUCGUUGUUGUGGCCAUCGGCCAGCCCGGUUUCGUCCAGGGUUCAUGGCUUAAGCCCGGCUGCGUAGUCGUUGAUGUUGGCACAAACUACGUUCCUGAUACAACAAAGAAGUCGGGUCAGCGUCUUAUGGGUGAUGUGGACUAUGCAUCAGCAGAGCCUGUGGUCUCUGCAAUCACACCUGUGCCUGGUGGCGUAGGACCGAUGACUGUGGCCAUGCUAAUGGAGAACGUGAAAAUUGCGGCCCAGCGCCGCGCCAAGUAUGAGACGCUGCAUCCGCGUGGUGUCACAUCGCUUAAUUCGCUCACAUUGCAGCAGCCUGUGCCCAGUGACAUCGAAAUCGCGCGUGCGCAACAGCCAAAGAAAAUUGCUGAUUUGGCCCGCGAAAUUGGCCUUCUGCCCUGUGAACUAGAGCCUUACGGUGAUGUGAAGGCCAAGGUAUCUCUCCAAGUGCUCGAGCGCUUGGCUCAUCGAUCCAACGGCAAAUAUAUUGUAGUCGCAGGCAUCACGCCAACACCCCUAGGCGAAGGUAAGUCUACGACUACGAUUGGUUUGUCACAAGCACUGGGUGCCCAUCUUCGUCGCCCUGUCUUUGCCUGCGUGCGUCAGCCCUCGCAGGGCCCGACGUUUGGCAUCAAGGGUGGCGCUGCAGGAGGUGGUUAUUCUCAAGUCAUCCCUAUGGAAGAAUUCAACCUGCAUCUUACGGGUGACAACCAUGCAGUAACAGCAGCCAACAACCUACUUGCUGCCGCAAUCGAUACGCGCAUGUUCCAUGAGGCAACACAAAGUGAUGCCGCCUUGUAUGACCGCCUUACUCCUCGUCAAAAAGGUGUCCGCAAGUUUUCGCCCAUCAUGAUCAAACGUCUUCAAAAACUCGGUAUUGAUAAGACUGAUCCCGACACGCUUACUGAAGAUGAGCGCCGUCGGUUUGCGCGUCUCGACAUUGAUCCGGACACAGUCACUUGGCACCGUGUCGUGGACACGAAUGACCGCUACCUUCGCCAGAUUACGGUCGGACAGGCGCCCACAGAGAAGGGUUUUACGCGCCAGACAGGCUUCGACAUUGCCGUGGCUAGUGAAUGUAUGGCAGUCCUGGCACUAAGUCGAGAUUUGCAGGAUAUGCGGGAGCGUCUAGGCGAUAUGGUGAUUGGUUCUUCCCGCAGCGGUGAGCCAGUGACAGCAGAUGAUUUAGGCGUGGGUGGCGCACUGGCAGUCCUCAUGCGCGAUGCCAUCAAGCCAAACUUGAUGCAGACUCUCGAGGGUACUCCUGUAUUCGUCCAUGCUGGACCGUUUGCCAACAUCGCCCACGGCAAUUCUUCGAUCCUAGCAGAUGCCAUUGCUCUUAAGCUCGCCGGUAUUGAGGAGGGUGAGCCACCUGAAAAAGUUGGCUAUGUUAUCACAGAAGCUGGAUUCGGUGCCGAUAUUGGCAUGGAAAAAUUCUGCAACAUCAAGUGCCGGGAGAGUGGCUUGGUGCCAGACGCUGUGGUACUGGUUGCUACAGUCCGCGCCCUCAAGUCACAUGGUGGUGGUCCAGAUGUGACCCCAGGAAAGCCCUUGAGCGAUGUGUACACUCAAGAGAACCUUGAAAUCUUGGAAAAUGGAUGCGCAAACUUAGUGAAGCAUAUUCAGAAUGCAAAGCAGUUUGGCCUAAAGGUGAUUGUUGCAGUGAAUAAGUUUGCCUCGGAUACCGACGCAGAGUUGAACAUGGUGGUCGAACGUGCACAUGCAGCUGGUGCAGAUGCCGCCGUUCCCACAGAUCAUUGGGCUCAAGGUGGGGCUGGUGCAGUGAAUCUGGCGCAAGCAGUGAUUGAGCAACUUGAGCGCACCGAGUCUCAGUUCCAGUUCUUGUACAACCUUGAUCAGCCGAUCGAAGCGAAGAUCGAGAAGAUCGCGCGUCAUAUGUAUGGUGCUGAUGGUAUUUCAGUCCUUCCUGAGGCUCGUGAACAGAUUGACACGUAUACUCGCCAAGGUUAUGCCCACUUGCCGAUAUGCAUGGCCAAGACACAUCUAUCUCUGUCCCAUGACCCGACCCUGAAAGGCGUGCCUACAGGAUUUACCGUCCCCAUCCGCAGUGUGCGUCUCGCCGCAGGUGCCCGGUUCCUUUACCCCUUGUGUGGCUCUAUGCAAACUAUGCCAGGCCUAAGCACGCGUCCUGGUUACUAUGACAUUGACCUGGAUGCGGAGGGCCAAGUGGUUGGCCUGUUCUGA